AUGGAUGGUAAUGGUAAGUUGAAAGAGGAGGAGGAGGAGGAGGAGAAGGAGAAAGAGAAAGAGAAAGAGAGGGAAGCAAGGCGUCUGGGGCAGACGGACCUUGAAGCGCCGAUGCUGCAGAUGUGCUCUGCCUUAUUCUCUUCUAGGCAGGUUUGUUCUGAAAUCAGCUUUCGAGUCGGGAUCUUUUCUCAGGUUCACUUCCUCCGCUCGGGCCUCGCCCGCAAUUUGGCUUUUUGCCUGCGCUGGGCGGCGAGUCAUUCGUCAUCCUCGCCCAAGGAGACGCGCGACGUUGGCAACGCCCACGACGCCUGCGACUCGGCGACGGCGCAGCACGAAGCGAACAACACCCGUUCCUGCCAUAUGUUUCACGGACCAUGGGGUCACCAGCUCAUGUCGACGAGAGAUGAUGAUUUCUUUCCCCCCUCGGACAGCGGCCCAGAGGCUGUGCGCGCAGGGCGCGACGGCAUGGACAAGGAGCGAUAUGGCAUCUCUACCGUUCAUGUCCGCAAAUGGCUUUCGCCGGAUGCACCACCACCGCCUUGUGGAGUCGUCUGA